AUGGCCUGGACUGCUCUUCUCCUCGUGUUCCUUUGUUAUUGCACAGGUUCCCGCUCCCUGCCUGUGCUGAUUCAGCUGCCCUCCCUCUUUGCAUUUCUUGGAACAUCUGCCAGACUCACCUGCACCCUGGGUAGUGGCUUCAGUGUGGGUAAAUUCUGGAUCAGUUGGUACCAGCAGAAGCCAGGGAACCCUCCCAGGUAUCUUCUUCCAUUCCACUCGGAUUCAGAUAAACACCAGGGUUCUGGGUUCCCCAGUCGAUUCUCUAGAACCAAUGAUGCAUCAGCGAAUACAGGUAUUCUGCACAUCUCUGGGCUGCAGCCUGAGGAUCAGGCCAACUACUAUUGUAGAACAUAUCAUGGUAGCACUAAAGCUCACACAGUGCUCUAA